AUGUGCUUUGCAGACAUGAGGACCGACGAGGUCACAAGCGACUAUUUCGGUGAGAUUAGUAGUGGAAAUUACGAUUUUUGGCAUGACGGCAGAGCACUCUUGGAUACGGGAUCGCAAGCGACCGUAGUCCCUUUGAUGCUGCUUAAAAAGGCGAUAGAUUCAAGAGAUAAACCUCGACAACUAUGUCGAGCGGAUACCUCUCCGAAAGUCAAGGUAAGGGACGCGUCGGGAAAAUGCAUACGGAGGAAACAAUUGGAACACUGGAAUAUUGGUCCAAUAUAUACAAGAGAAAAAGCGGACACGCAUCCGAAUAGGCUAGAUUCAAGAAGCGAAAGCGAGGACGAUGAAGAGAAUGUCAAAAAUCUUCAUUCCUCCGAGGGCGACAAAGCUUUUGUCGGUAACCUGCGCAAAUAUCCGUCCGAAAUGGCUCUAUUCAACACACAUCCACUCUUAAUUGAUCGCAAUCUACCAGUGGAAGAACGAGGAGUGUGCAAAGCCCAAAAUGUUGAGCAAAGUAAGGACAUGUUAGACAUAGAUAAGCCCUGGGAAUGGAGUUCUUAA